AUGCCAUCCCCUGCAAUGCGCCGGGCGUACUGCAGAUCAUUUGUGCGACGGAUGAGGUCACUACCAUUCCGAUUGAUAUGGAGAAUCCCAGCCUCCAGGACAAGUGGGAGGGCGGAGUGGAAGCGAACGGAGAUAUGCAGCCUGUCCAUGAACUUGCUUUGGUCAAGUCCCAACGGGUCCAUGUAG